UCUGCUGGGAAGGAGCACAAGGCUUCACAGGAGAACUGGACUGAAGGAGAGAGGCAGGAGAAAUGCCCUCUCCUGUGUGGAGGAGACUCAAAAGCUCAUUUAGAGACACUGUGAGUGUUUGGCCCUCUGUAGUAAAGAGGUCAGGGUGGAGAUGGGGGGUGGGCAGGAGGAAGUAGUCUCUCCUGGCAGGUUGGACAUAGACGUUCAGACUUGAACCUGAGGUAAUGGGGAGCCCCUGAAGCUUUGGUGGGCAGUGGGGUCACAUGACCAGUGUGGCAUUUUGGAAGGAUCUCUGACAUAAGAGAAAGGUCACCUCUGUUUAGCACCAUGGGCAGCUGGGUAGGGUAUGGGCCAUGGUUGAGCUGUCAGAUGGGAGAAGGCUUGGCUUUCUGAGUACGAUGAGGGGAACUCAGAGGGAGCAAGGAGUUUGGGAGGAGUGUGGAAGUCUGAGGGAUGGGGGAAACAGGCAGAGGGAUGGCUCAGGGAGAGAGACACCUGUGUCAAGCCUGACAGACAGACGACCUGGGUUCAAUCCCUAGGACCCACAUGGUAGAAGGAAACAACUGACUCCUGAAAUGACCUCUGAAAUUAGAUGUGCACAUACUCAUAGACACACAAUAAAAUGAAAAUGUAAAUAAUAGUAAUAGUUUUUAAGAAUGGGAAAGGGGGCUGGAGAGAUGGCACAGCAGUUCAGAGCACUGACUGCUCUUCCAGAGGUCCUGAGUUCAAUUCCCAGCAUCCACAAGGUGGCUCACAACCAUGUGAAAUGGAAUCUGGUGCCCUCUUCCGGUGUGUCUGAAGACAGCGACAGUGUACUCAUAUACAUAAAAAUAAAUAAAAUCUUUAAAAAAAUAAAAUAAAAUAAUUUUUUUUAAAAAAAGGAUGGGAGUAUGGUGGCGGCACAAUCAUUAGUCCCAGCACUCGGGAGGCAGAGGCAGGCAGAUCUCUGAGUUUGAGGCCAGCCUGGUGUACAGAGUGAGUAACAGGACAGCCAGGGCUACACAGAGAAACCCUGUCUCAAAAAAAAAACAAACAAACAAACAAACAAACAAACAGAAACAAAAUCAAACCAAAAAGAACAAGCAAACAAACAAAAAAGGAAGAGAAGGACCUAGGGCCAGCAGAACUGUGGGAAGAUUAACGAGCAGAGCUUGGUCUCCUGAGGCCGGAGUGGGGGGGAAGCCUGGUGCGUGCCUGUCCCCAGCAGAUUCAGCCUAGGGGUCAAGGGUGUAUUUAUUGUCCAGCAUAAAUGAGCCUGGAACUGACUCUAAGCUGAGGUCUCCACCAAUCCUGAGCAUCCAGCGUUAUAUCAGUAGGAGGCUGGGGGAGGCGGGAAUGACACUCGCAGAUGAGACGACAGAGACCUCCCGUUACAGCUGAGCCUGUGCGGCCUCCAGUCCCACCAGCUGGGCCUGGCAACACAGUCCGGGGGCAGAGAGGUGUGGAUGAGAAUGAUAAUGGGCAGCAGAGGGGAAGGGGAGGGGCAGUAGGGCACUGGCAAGAGCAUGCUGUGCCCAGUAAGAAACCAAGGGUUCCUCUGAGGAGAGCAAGGGAAAUCCAGGACAGACUGGGAGAGGGAGGGGUCUGACUGUGACUGCGAUGGGGAGGGUACAGUAGAGCCCGUGGUCCAGAAUUGGAGCUUUCCCUUGAAGAUGUCAGAGGGUUUGGUCCUACGAGGGGGCAGGAGGGCAGCCGUAGAAAUAGCGGAAUGAGAUUGAAACCAACCACACAGUCACCUGCUCUCAUUACUGGGUCUCUCUCGUAGGCAGUCUCUGUGCAGGACACUAUAUAUAGAACAAAAUGUGAUUCCUCCCCCUGAGGGCUGAUCACCUUGUUUGGGAGACAUAGUAACACCGUGGCAGGAGUGUGCUGACUUGUACAUGGAAAGGCUUUAGGUAUGGCGGCAACACACAGAGAUGGCCUUAGGACAGAGCAGGUGGCGCUGGAAGCUGUCCUCCAGGAUGGGUUAAGAGGUUCAGGCGAAGAGUACAGAAGGCUCUCCAUGAAGGGGUGGGGGUGGGGGUGGAGAUGGCAGGAUGUUCAUCCCAGGAUGCCAGGGGACAAAGGAAGAAGGACGAGGGAGGCAGGAGGAAUGGGGCCCCACAGGACCUUGUCAUUCUGGCUUAGACCUCCAAAGAGGGUGGCAGAGACUGCAGCAGGACAGCAGCCGGCUGAGCACUGCUUUAAAAAACAAAACAAAACAAAGCAUCAUUCAGACCGCAGUGUGGAGGACUGAGGAGGGCAAAGUGAGGGCGGACCGGCUAAAGGCUGCACGGUGAGGAGGAGAGCCCAGCCGGGACCACUCGGGAUUCAAAACUAGCAGAGUUCGAUGCCUUCCUCUGGAAAGGGGUCAAAGACACUUCUUGGGUGCCACCAACUGCGCUGGAGAGAAGUGUGGGAGACAGGGAGGGUGGCAUUUGGGGACAGACUCUGUUUGAGGAGCCUGCAGUUAACCAGGUGCAGCCAGGGUUAGGGCAGGAUGCAGGUAUUGCUUGGGCAGCUCCACAGAGGGAACACCUCUGUUUGAGAAAUCUGAUGCUACUGGGGAAGAGGCACGGUGACACUUUAGGAUGACAUAGCUAUAUAAGUAGAUAACCCAUCUGAUGUAAUAAAUCAUGGGGGUGGGGGGCUCUGAGAACAAGGUCCCGAAGGGAGGCAGAGAGGCAGGAAGUGAGGGAAAAAGCACAGGGGAUCCCCCACCGGCGGACAGCAGAACUGUUCGGGCCACAUGCAGCAGCUAUCAUGGUUUGAGCAUCCGUGUGGUGAACCCCAGCUCCUUUCCACACCACCAGGACCACAUCCUCAAUCAAGUUGAUUGCCCGUGCCUGAGACCUGGAUGCCAUGUUUUACGGGGGAAUGGUGGAAAGAACUUAAUUUCGCACCUGGGCUUAUGGGGCACAGAAUACACCCCACCAUUUAAGAAGAAGAGACUAGGCAAUUAGCACACAGGCACCCCUGCAGCAGGCCUUGGAUGUGGGUUUCUCCAUGAUCUUGCUGGUCUCUAAGCUGACAUUAGGGAUCUGACUUCCACUCCCCAAGUCCCCAAGUCCCAGGCUAGACUUCUUUUGGCAGCCAGUCCCGGGAGGUUCCAGCUCAGUGCCCAGUGUUCCUCCUUACUGGCCUGGCCCCCUCCUGUCAGGUGAGCCCCGAGCUGGAACAGACACGUGAGCACUCUGAACCUCCCACCCCCAGACACGCACAAUGCCAUCAGCUGGCUCCCCAUGAAUCUGAGCAGCUUGUUUCUAAGGCCAGCAGUGUGCUGGGGGCACCUUAGCUGGCUGGGGAAGCUGCCACAGAAAGGGAGGCCAGGAGAGCUGGGGAGGGGUCAAGAGACCUGAGGGAACAGAACGAAUCAGGGAGAAGAGGCAGCAGACCUGAAGGCAAGCAGGUGACAAGACAUGGAGCCAGGGCUGUGUAGCAGGGCUUACCUUCUGGUUGGCGGGCUUUGGACCGCCAUCAGCAAGGCGCUUUUUGCUGAGUUCCUGGCCACGGGGCUGUACGUUUUCUUUGGUGUGGGCUCUGUUCUGCCCUGGCCUGUGGCGCUUCCCUCUGUGCUCCAGAUCGCCAUCACCUUCAAUCUGGCCACAGCCACAGCCGUGCAGAUCUCCUGGAAGACCAGCGGGGCCCACGCCAACCCUGCUGUGACCCUGGCCUACCUCGUGGGAUCCCAUAUCUCUCUGCCUCGGGCUAUGGCCUAUAUCGCUGCGCAGCUGGCUGGGGCCACAGCUGGGGCUGCUCUUCUUUACGGGGUAACUCCAGGAGGUAUUCGAGAGACCCUUGGGGUCAACGUGGUCCACAACAGCACAUCAACUGGCCAGGCGGUGGCCGUGGAGCUGGUUCUGACGCUGCAGCUGGUGCUCUGUGUCUUUGCUUCCAUGGAUGGCCGGCAGACCUUGGCGUCCCCAGCUGCCAUGAUUGGAACCUCUGUGGCACUGGGCCACCUCAUUGGGAUCUACUUCACUGGCUGUUCCAUGAACCCAGCCCGCUCCUUCGGCCCUGCCGUCAUUGUUGGGAAGUUCGCAGUCCAUUGGUGUUUGACUUCUCCGUGUGAGGAGGCUGUCCGGUCAUUUUCAUUCACGCUUGGCCUUUGCUGAUCCCCUCCCUGGCUCCCCUCCCAGUACCUCCUGGCCACUUCCUGCUGGUCCUCACCUUACCCUCCCAAGGCCCUCCACUUCUGCUGUAAUGUUGCUUUCAUGUUUCCUGUUUUCUGUUGCCCUCUUCCCCCAGCCUCCCCAGUCUCCCCUGUCCAGUCCUCUCCCUAGUUAUCCAGUCUACCCCAGUCCCCUCUCCUUAGUUCCCUCAAUCUACUCCAGUCCCCUCUCCCUGGUCCCCCCAGACUACCCCAGUACCCCUGGUCCCCUCUCCCUAGCCCCCUCAAUCUACCCCAGUCCCCCCAGCCCCUCUCCCUCAUCCCCCCAGAUAACCCCAGUACCCCUGGUCCCCUCUCCCUAGCCCCCUCAAUCUACCCCAGUCCUCCCAGCCCCUCUCCCUCGUCCUCUCAGCCUCUCCCAUGUGCCUUCUUCCUGCUCCCAUGGUCAAGGUUCUAGUUUCCUGACCCUUUUCUGUUUCUUAACGGCAAGAGCACAGGGAGGCAGAAACCACACAGCAGGACCCCAGUGGGCAUCCUGGGCCGCUGGAUCCCUGUCUUGGAGAAAGGGGAAUUGGGUCCCAAAUAUCCAUUCUGCUUGGACUCUGAUGAAGGAGCUUCAGAGCCCACUAAGAUGGGGCAAUACCAGUUUUAGGGAUUGCCUGAGCUUCUUGAAAGAUUUCUCUGUCCUAGGUGUGGUUUGGGGUUUCCUGAGGACAAAGGUCGCUCUUCCAAAAGGUCUCUCUGUUCCCAAAUGCUCAGGAAGAUCUCUACCUGGGACAAGGUGAUACAGAGGAAGCCCACGUCCCCACCCCACCCCCAUGCCACACUCGGUCUAUACCCUGGGCCAGAAGCCUCUAAGGUCUGAUUUUCAACACCUUGGUCCCUGUUAAAUAGUGAGGCUAUAGAGUGGCCCAGAAAGUAGAGACUACAGGCUUAGUGCCUCUAAAAGACCCUGGGAGUUGAAUUGUUUUUGCUACACAUUGAAGGCCACUGCACAUCUACUCGGCUAAUCAAAGGGGGUCGUGGGGUGGUGGGGUAUCCUCUCUGGAUUUCAGCUUAUCCACUGUAGAAUGGGCAUACUUCUCCCUCCCUCCGGGGUGCUGUGGCAACGAUGAGAAUGCUUUGGGGAAUUAAAUGCUGGUAGAACACUCCAAUAAAUGAUGAUUGUUGUUGCA